AUGAAGAGAAAGGCCGAGAAAGCGCAAGCAGCAGCUCCAGUCAGCGCUUUCGCGGCACGCAAAGCUCGGCAGGCUACGCAGGCCCCCGUGGCUGCAGAGAAGCCCCAGAUCGUCGAACCGGUUGUUGAACCGCCGCCCAAGAGAGCGCGGCGCUCACUUGAGAAGCAAAGCACCGUCCCAUCCCCAACCGAAGAGAACCCGGCCCAAUUGAGACGAUCCUCGAGGCGCAAGGAAGACAAGUCGAAGACGGAGAAGGCUACACAACCGGCGCGUGCCGAUCCUGUCCCGGAGACCUCUCAACAGGCUACAGAGCCUGUAUCACCCAAUUCCAGCGAGGACCAGGAAUCUUCCGACGAGGAAUUGGAAGAAGAUGUCACUGUGAAUGGCAGUGAGGGCGUUGGGCUCGGGGCCCUCGAGGGAGACGCGGACGGGUACGAAUCGCCUGCAGACACUCCUGUACAGGUUCAGGACUUCCCGCUGUCCAAGACCCGUUUGAGCAAAAACAACAUUGUAUACAGCGAUGAACAUAGGCUUUGUGUCCGCAUCAAGGAGAAGAUGAGCAUGGUCAUGCUGGGGCACUACGAUGUCUGGGUCAAGCGAGGUGUAAUCAGUCUGAUGGGAGCGAAACUGCACCCCUCGUCGCGCGUCUACAGGGUCUACGCUCCUUCGACGCACUCCCUGCCGGUCAUCAAGUGCAUUGCUGGUGUUAAUGGCGAGGCGGAGGUCGAGUUCAAGUCCUGCCACAGUGGGAUCUAUCGUCUUAAGGAUCUCUCGCCCCUCUAUCAACGGAUAUGGAAUGGCAAGAACACAGCCGCAGACAAGCUCACCUUGAAGGGAGCCUCUCCUUCCGCCAAGAGAACGUUUUCAGUGCUGUACACGUCUGCGGAUGACUCUCUAAAGAGACAUUUGCGCCCACUCCACCUCGAAAAGCAAUGGAGCGCCGCCAUCAAGUCUCUCUCUCAACGGGGUGGCCGACUAAAGACUCUAAUCUGUGGACCGAAAGGCUCCGGAAAGUCGACUUUCAGUCGUUACCUAUUGAACCACCUUCUCAGCCCUGCCCCCCAGACCGAGACCAACUACUGCAACGCCGACGGCGUCGCAUUCCUAGACCUUGACCCCGGUCAGCCCGAGUUUGCCCCCAUGGGGCAAGUCUAUCUCGUCCACCUGCGUUCCCCUGUCUUCGGCCCUCCAUUCUCCCACCCCUCCCUGGACGGCUCCCGCGACGGAACGAUCGUCCGAGCUCAUCACAUAGGAGCUACAUCCCCCAAGGAAGACUCCGACCAUUACGUCCUCGCCGCAAUGGACCUGAUGGAGCGCUACCGCGCCCUCCAGGCCAGCUACCCUCAGUGCCCUCUCAUCAUCAACUACCCAGGCUGGAUAUUCGGUCUGGGUCUGGAAGUCGCCACAUACCUCGUGAGAUCCCUCGGCCUCUCCGACGUCGUGUACAUGAGCGAAAAAGGACCCGCUGAAGUCGUUGAACCCCUUGCCCAAGCAGCCUACCAAUCCAAGGUUCCCCUGACCAUCCUGCCCUCCCAACCCACCGACUUUGUCAACCGAUCCAGCGCACAGCUCCGCUCCAUGCAAAUGCAGUCAUACUUCCACAUGACCCGGCCCGGCAACAUCGAGACUCCCCUCUGGCUCGAGAAGCCCCUCUCCCGCACCAACCCCUUCCACGUGCACUACUCCGGCCCCCAGCAGGGCAUCCAGGGCAUCAUGGUAAUGGGGACACAGAUCCACCCUGACCUGCUCCACGAGGUGCUCGACGGCUCCAUCGUCGCCGUCGUCGCUGUGGAAUCUCCCCAUGCCAUCCUCGGCCAAAACUCGGGUCCCAUGCUCUCAAACACCGCCGAAACGGACCCCGACCACGACACCCCCAUGGACGACACACCCUCCUCUCCAUCCAUGUCCUCCUCCACCAUAACCUCCAACAUAACCCGAACCCCCACCGAAGACCUCCCGUACCUCUUCGUCGGCUCGGGAAGCAGCAACCCCCUAGACCCCAAAGUCUCGCACUGUCUGGGCCUCGCCCUGGUCCGAUCCGUGAACAUCUCCUCCCGCACCCUCGAACUCGUCACCCCGAUCCCCGGGUCCCGCAUCCGCGCCUCCCUCGCCCAGGGCCACGGCCUCGUCCUCGUCCGCGGUCUGCUCGAUAACCCCAAUUGGGCCAUCAGCGAGGACUACCACUCCGCCCGUGCGGCCGAGAAACGCCAUCGCGAGGCAACCGAGAAGCUCAAGAAGAACAACGCCACCACCAACACCAAUGCUGUUGAGGACGGUAUCGACGCCGAAAGGCAGAUGCUAAAGGACCGCAUCCGCCGCGCGAGCAACGUUCCUUGGAUGACUGUCGUGGAGGAUAACAGUCGGCGGCAUCGCGAGGCCGUUCAGCGCGAGAAGUCACUGUGGAAGUUGAGAAAGAAGGCUUACCCUGGGAGUGACAGUGAGGGGGAUUGGUAGUUGGUAGUUAGUAGUAGUUCGAGUUGGUGGUUUGGCCCAUUGGACUGAACUAGACCGAACCGGGCGCUGCGGAUCGGUAUCAUUACAUACUGGUUGGUGGUGCCUUGGCUGUCUGUGGAUUGGAUCUUUCUCG